GACCAGCAGGUCCACGGGCGGUUCUGUCUGAGUGGGUUUUGGACUGAGCCGGCUGGUUCCUGAUGUCUAUUGAGGUCCCAAGUCUUUAUCCUUAGUCCGAGUCAGGCCUCAAGUCAACCAGCUCACCGUCCGCGCUCCGGCUUUCCUGCUCCUCCUGAAGUCCAGAAAAUGGAGGUUCCUGUGGAGGAAGACGAGAACGGAGCCAAACCUUCAGCCUGCGGGAAGGAACCAGAAGGUCAGAUCCACAGAUCAAGAGCAGAGUCCCCGGCAUCCAGCUGUCUGUCCAUGAAGAGUGACCACUCCAAGGGUCUCCAUCAAGACUUCAGUAAUGAACCCUCAGACUCAAAAGGUCAGAUCCACAGAUCGAGAGCAGAGUCCGGGGCAUCCAGCUGUCUGUCUAUGAAGAGUGACCACUCCAAGGGUCUCCAUCAAGACUUCAAUAAUGAACCCUCAGACUCAAAAUCAUGUCAUGGUUUUGAGUUGUUUGGCCCAGAUGCAGGACACACUCACGAGAUAGAGAGCAGGUUUAACACAUUUCUUUCUUUCACACAAGCGCUACAGAGGUUGAAAUGUCUGGUUUUAACAGCGCAGAUAAUCGGCGAGGUCUGCGGGUGGCGCGGGAAUGAACACAGCCUGCGGACAGAGAACGAGAGGGAACCGGUGGUGAGCAGUGCUUGCAGCGUCUCUGUAAAAGCGGAUGUUGGCUUAGAUGUUUUAGCUGAACAUAAGGCCUUUCUGAGAAGGAGAAAUGAAUGUGUCACCGAAGGAAGUGCUGAAACAGGAAGAACAACCCUCCUCAACAAGAUCUACAUUGAGCUCUACAUCACAGAGGGACAGAGUGAAGAGGUUAAUACCCAGCACGAGGUGAGGCAGCUGGAGACGGCUACCAAAAGAAAGGCCCUCCAUGAUACACCCAUCAGGUGCCAUGAUAUCUUUAAACCUUUACCUGGCCAACUUGGACCUAUCAGAGUGGUGCUGACCAAUGGCGUCGCUGGUAUUGGUAAAACCUUCUCGGUGCAGAAGUUCACUCUGGACUGGGCAGAGGGCUUGGAGAACCAAGAUGUCCGUGUGGUGGUUCUGCUGUCGUUCAGGGAGCUGAACCUUAUCAGAGAUGAGCAGCACAGUCUUCUCUCGCUGCUCCAUGUUUUUCAUCCAACCCUCCAGAGGCUCCCAGCAGAGCGGCUGGCUCGCCAGAAACUUCUUUUCAUCUUUGACGGCCUGGAUGAAAGCAGACUUGCUCUGGACUUCAACCACAGUCGGCUGGUUUCUGACGUCACACAGAAGUCAUCAGUCGACGUUCUGCUGACAAACCUCAUCAAGGGGAACCUGCUUCCCUCGGCUCUGGUCUGGAUCACCUCCCGACCUGCAGCGGCCAAUCGGAUCCCUCCUGAGUGUUUUGACAGGGUAACAGAGGUCCGAGGCUUCACCGACCCCCAGAAGGAGGAGUACUUCAGGAGGAGGUUCAGUGAUGAAGAGUUGUCCAGCAGAAUCAUCUCCCACAUCAAGACCUCCAGGAGCCUCCACAUCAUGUGUGGAAUCCCAGUCUUCUGCUGGAUCACUGCUACGGUUCUGGAAAACAUGUUGACCACAGAGCAGAAAGGAGAGCUGCCCAAGACCAUGACUGACAUGUACUCUCACUUCCUGCUGGUCCAGACCAGGAGGAAGAAGGAGAAGUACCAUGAAGGACAUGGGAGAAGUCCACAGGAGUUGAUGGAGGCUGAUAAGGAAGUUCUCCUGAAGCUAGGGAGGCUGGCGUUUGAACAUCUAAAGGAGGGAAACAUCAUGUUCUAUGAAGAAGACCUGCAGCAGUGUGGUCUGGAUGUAACAAAGGCCUUGGUGUACUCGGGUGUUUGCACAGAGAUCUUCAAGAGAGAGAGCGUGAUCUUCCAGAAAGCAGUCUACUGCUUCGUUCACCUGAGCAUUCAGGAGUUUCUGGCAGCAGUCUACAUGUUCCACUGCUUCACCAGCAGGAACAAAGAGGUGAUUGAGAGGUUCCUGGGGAAAAAGUGCAAGAAGUUUUCUCUUCAGGACUUCCUGAGCGUGAUGAUGGGGAAAGCAUUUAGAAGUAAUACUGGCCACCUGGACCUGUUUGUCCGCUUCCUUCACGGCCUCUCUGUUGAGUCCAACCAGAGGCUUCUCGGAGGUCUGCUGGGUCAGACAGAGAACAGUCCAGAAAGCCUCCAGAAGGUCACUGACAAGCUGAAGAAGAUGAACACAGAUAAAAUCUCCCCUGACAGAAGCAUCAACAUCUUUUACUGCCUGAUGGAGCUCAGAGACCUGUCCAUUUAUCAGGACAUCCAAGAGCUCCAGAAGUCGGAGAUGAAAUCGGAUAGGAAGCUCUCAGAGGUCCACUGCUCAGCUCUGGCCGACAUGCUGCAGAUGUCAGAGGGGGUUCUGGAUGAGUUGGACGUGGAGAAGUACAACACGUCAGAUAAAGGACGGCUGAGACUGCUCCCAGCUGUGAGAAACUGCAGAAAGGCUCGAUUUUUUAACUGUGGGCUCUCGCGGACUCACUGUGAAGUGGUGGCCUCCGCUCUGAGGUCCAGCCCAUCUCAUCUGAUUCAACUGGACCUGAGCUGGAAUGACAUAAAAGACUCUGGAACAAAGAUCCUGUGUUCUGGACUGGAGAGUCCAAACUGCAGGCUGGAGGUGUUGAGGUCUGUUCACUGGUGUUGUUGCUUUGAUUUCUGUAUCGGCCUAAAACCUGAUUCACAAACGUUUUCUCAUAUCUGUUCUGGUAGAAAUGGGACAAAUUUCAUAUUUUCCACACACACUCACAUGCUUCAUUUCUCAUUCAGGUUGGAGCUGUGCAGUUUGUCAGAGGUCAGUUGUGCGGCUGUGGUCUCGGCUCUGAGGUCCAACCCAUCCCAUUUGACAGAACUGAACCUGAGCGAGAACGAAAAGCUGAAGGAUGCCGGAGUGAAGGAGCUCUGCGGGUUUCUUCAGAGUCCGCUCUGCAAAAUAAAGACUCUGAGAUUGUGGGGCUGCAAGUUGUCAGGGGUCAGCUGUGCCUCUCUGGCCUCAGCUCUGAGGUCCAACCCCUCUCAUCUAACAGAGCUGAACCUGAGCUGGAACUAUGAGCUGAAGGAUGCUGGCGUGAAGGAGCUCUGUGGGUUCCUAGAGACGCCGCACUGCGUGAUAGAGACUCUGAGUUUGAAGGACUGUGGGUUGUCAGAGAUCAGCUGUGCUUCUCUGGCCUCGGCUCUGAAGUCCAACCCCUCCCACCUGUCAGAACUGGAUCUCAGUGAGAACUGCCUGAAGGAUCAGGAUCUGAAGCCGCUCCGCAAGCUGCUGAACAGCCCAGGCUUCAAGCUGGAGACUCUAAGGUGGAGGUUAAAAUCUUUUUGAAUGAAAGGUCUGUGACUUUUGACCUGACGAGCCACAGCGGUUGAAGCAGCAGCCGCAGUUUGGGUCUGAAGAAACUCACUGGCUCAUGAAGAGGAGAUGAGAUAUUUUGUUUUUCAAAUUUAUUAUUCAUGCUCAGAGACAUUUUUAGUCUCCUUUUGAACACCAAAAUUAAACCUAAGCUGCAAUAGUUACAUUCUUAAACUAGCGUUGUAUGUAUUUAUGUACAGUAUAUGUUACGUUUACUGUUGUUUUUAUUCUUUAUUUUUGGAUGUAAAAUCUAAAAUAAAAAUCUUAUGCUUUUUC